AUGUCGGGAGAGCUUAAGGACGAUGGUCCUAAAUUAAGAGAAGAGCGAAAUUUCGAAGAAUUUUAUGAUGAUUUAACUAAAAAUACGAUCAUACCACUUACAUUAUACAAAGAUAAUAAUGAUUCAGCUGAUGAUAACUUGAACAGUGGAGAUCACGCUGAGCAUAAGGAUACUGAAAAAGAUCAAGUGCCGAAAGUGCAACUGAAACAAUUAAUUUUUAAUGGGAAAGUUACGAUUGAACCGAUCAUAUUAAAUCGUCAUAGGAAUGAUAUAAAAAAGACUACUAUUUCGAUUAAUCAAUUAGAUACACCGAAAUAUCCAAAAAGAGUAGCAAGGCCUUCAAAAAGGCCUCGAACAGACUCUUCUCUUCAUCCAUCAAUUAAUGAUGACUCUAAAAUUGCAUAUAUAAAUAAAUUUAAUGACAUUUAUUCUUCUCCAAAUAUCCAACCAAAAAUUUUGAAAGCAUUAUCAAGCAUAGUUCCAAAUUCUAAUAAAUUUAAUAUUGGAUAUGACAUGGAUGAACAAGAUGCUCUUUAUUUAGAGUCUUUAAAUCAGAAAUUAGCAAAGGGAAAUAUGACACCUGAAAUUUUUGAAACAACUAUUAGCAUAUUGGAAAUGAAGUGGCACAAUUUAGAAAAACAUAUUCCACCAAAAUCUUUAACAGCAGAUAUUAACUCACAGGAUUACCAAAGAAAAGCUUCACAAAUACAUUACCAACUAUAUGGUUCUGAUGAUGGCACAGGGAGUAUUGAACAUGCAUGCGCUGUCUGCGGUGGAGGUGAAAGUACGCAAACAAAUGCUAUUGUAUUUUGUGAUGGAUGUAAUCUAGCGGUUCAUCAAGAAUGUUAUGGUAUCAUUUUUAUUCCAGAAGGUCAAUGGUUAUGUCGACUAUGUUUAGUUUCUAAGGAUAGAAAAGUUGAUUGUUUAUUUUGUCCCAGCACUACGGGUGCAUUUAAACAAACGGACACUGGCUCUUGGGCCCAUGUAGUGUGCGCCCUUUGGCUCCCAGAAUUAUAUUUUGCAAAUUUGAACUAUAUGGAACCAAUUGAAGGAAUGAAAAAUAUUAAUAAAUCAAGGUGGAGAUUAAAUUGUUACAUUUGUGAUCAAAAAAUAGGAGCUUGCAUCCAAUGUAGUAAUAAAAAUUGUUUUACAGCAUAUCAUGUUACUUGUGCCAAGAGAUCGAAUUUAUAUAUGUCAUUUAAUAAUAUUCCAGUAAGUAGUGUAGCGCAAAACCAGACAGUAAAUGAUUUAACAAUAGAAAGUUUUUGUGAUAAACAUUCUCCUAGAUUUUGGCCAGAUUGCAAAGAAGGGCUUAUUAAAACAAAAAGAUAUUUUAAGAAUUUAAUGCAUAAUAAUAACAUUAUCAAAUCAACUUCCAGCAAUUCAAGUAAUGGCAAAAUAGCAAAGCACAUUUGGAGAACUAAUCGUGGAACACCCAUUGCCCCACAGAUAUUUGCAGAUAACUUAUCUACUUUUCUUACGGUUUUGAACUUUGAAAAUACAAAUAAGUUAAGCUAUGAAUUAUGUAAAUAUUGGUCAAUGAAAAGAGAAUUAAAAAGAGGCGCUCCAUUGGUAAGGAUAUUUGAUGCCAACUCCUAUAAUCUUUUAGAUAUUACUCAGAUUAAUCAGAGAAUGGAAUUUGCUAAUCUAUUACUCCGUGAUAUAUCGUCACUGAAACAUAUGACAGGUUUAAUUAAAAAAAGAAUUAUCUUAAAAGAUGAAAUCGAUAAGCUUGAUGAUACUUUGAAAAUGUCUACUAGAUUUUCUGAAUAUAAAAUUCUAAAAGAAUUUUUCUAUCCAAAGUUUCUUAAUUCAAAUCACAUAAAGGUCUUGGAAAGAAACGUAAAAAAUGUUUGUUUCUCUAAUUUCAUUGAAAAAUGUAGAUCAGAAUCUUAUGAUUCAACUGGUGAAAUUCUUCAAGCCUUUGAGUUAGCGACAAAAGAAAUUGAAGAAGAUAUGACUACCAGUAGAAUUGUUGACAGUAGCAUUGACAGUUUAAAAACACUUUUGGCGGAAUUAAUAGCAGAUAUAAAAUCCAAAGACUCAAGUCAAUAUUUAAAACAAGAUUUUAUUGUUGAAAAUAAUAAAAUCAUUGGUGAAAGACCAUGGAGGGGUCCCUAUUUAAUGGAAGAAGAGGGAUUAAGUGAUGUGGAGGAUUUGUCUCAAAAAGAUGUCAGAAUUCUAAAAGGUCUACUACAUAAUUAA